CCUUGGCCAUCAUUCCGUGACUUCGACGCGCCGUGACGGGAAACAAAUAGCUUACUCUUCCUCAAUCGACUCCAAUAAUCAAGAUGUCCAAGUAUAGCCUGAUCCUAUUGUCCGCCCUGCUGGGCUGCCUUGUUUCCGGCGGAUCGGCUGGGACUAUAGGUGUGGAUAGAAGCGCAUUCCAGGUGGUGAAGGAUAUCCAUAUCUUUGCCGCCCAGCAUCCGGGUCUGAAGAUCCAGGCAUUGGAAAAGCAGAUUGUACCGGGAAAGGCCCGUGCCGGAUCGCUAAGCGUGCGCUACAACCUGGGAGCCCGAAUUUCCAGCGAUACCCUAGUGUUCCAGACAGCCGACACCCUUGAGUUCCCACGGGCACAGGAUGUGAGCGUGCAGCUUAAUUAUCCGGAGAAGAGCGGCGACUCCGGUGCCGCCUUGUCCUACGUGGAGCUGAUCUGCACCCAGGACGCCUACGACGGCAACGCCUACGUGGUGGCCGGAGGCAUCGGCCAGCGCUUCAUCUCCAUUGUCCUGGAAGCCAAAAACACCAAAAACUUCUCCUACCAGGCUCUUUACUACGGGCAGUGGAUCUAGGCAUUAGCAUUAUCUUCCUAUUAGUUUAUAUUUUACUUAAAAUGUGUGUCAUUUGACUCCAAUUUAAAAUAUAUGUAACAGGCAACACCAACCUGAGAUUACCUCGAUAUAA